CACCCCACCCAUCAUCGUCGCCCCUCCCACUCUCUCUCCCCCCUAUUUUCCUCCUCGAGCCCCGAGACGCAGGCGACAGCGCAGCAGGCAGAGGCAGCAGCGGACGGGAGGAACCGGGCUCCCCCUCCCCCCCCUCCGCUCCUCGUCCCUCCCUCCCACGCCGCCGAUCGGCCGAUCGGGAGGAAGGAAGGGGGCCGAUCGGGAGGCGCUGCGCCGGACGCACGGACGGCGCUCUGGGUCCGCUGAAGCCAGGGAGACAGUUUCGUAGCCGGAGGCUGCAAGGGCUUCCAUCAUUUGUCUCUGUGAUUCGUUGCUGCUCUUGGACUUGAGGAUUAUCUACUUCAAGUUUCAACCGAUGCUUAUUAGCGAGUGAUUGUUUAUUCUACUGAAAUCAUUUGAGCUCCUCAUCAAGUCACCAAGGAACACAGGUUUUGAUGCAACAUAAUAGGGUCACUAUGCUGUCUUCCUCGGAAACAUGCCACCUUGGUUCUAGUUCCAACAACCAGGCUAUCGAUCAGCAGAACCCUGCUGUUGAUGAGCAUAAUCUACUUCCUGAUACCCUAGAGAGUGAGAACUACCCACACUAUGUUCUCAAUAGUCACGAGGUGGGAAUGCCAAGUGGAGGCAUGAUUGGUCAGCAAAAUACAAGCUUGAGUUUGUGGGAUUCACCUGGUUCUAGCUCCGCGGGCUUCCUAGCGGAUCAUGAUAGCCUUUUACAGGCCAAAAGGGAACAUUUUGCACCUGCUUUGUCUAUAGGCGGCCCUUUAAUCAUCGAAGGGAGAAGACGAGAAAGCAGUAGUUCAUUGCCUUCACACAACUUAAACAUAGACCUGAACAUUAAUCAGGCUGAUCAAUUUGAGACCGGGAAUGUUGAUAUGGUUCAGAGUAAUGGACACUCUGGGAUGAAUACUUAUCCUCCGAAUAGAGGUCUUUCGACCACUGAAAAUGUUCUUCGUCGUGAAAUUUCUCCUGGUGCUAUAAGAAGUUCCUUGCAUUCUGCAAACUUUUUUGAUGGUACAGCAGGCCAAGAAACCGGUGGAAGUUCUUCACAUACUGUGAACCAUUUUCGGUCAUCUAUCAAGAGAAAGAAUGUUGCUGGAAGUCUCGGAGAGUCUUCUGCCAAUGGGAGUUCACGCAAUCAUUGCCAAAACAAUGAUAUGCUGCUACCUUCGCUGUCCAGUCAUGAAAGUACUGCUAAUUUAAAUAUGACCUCUGUAAACUAUGGUUUUUCAUACCCUCCCAUGGAGCAAUUGGACCAGAAUACUGAUACCUCAGAUGAUGACAUUUUUUCUGACCCUUAUACACUAUCUGGUCAUCUGCAUGAAAGUCAAAGAUUCCUGAGAAAUACCCGGAUGAGAAUAAGCGCCAAUGAGUAUGAGCAAUCACUCUCUAAUCUGCUGCCUGAGGAAAGUUUCAGGUGUUCAGCUCAUCAGCCUGCGCGGCAACAGUCUUCUUUUACGCCAGUGCAACCUAGAGGAGUGAGUUCUUCAGCAAGUUCUCAAAAUCGUCCUCAUGUACCUGCUGUUGCUCAAUUCUCGCAAAGUCUGCAGCGACAUCCAUCAAAUGGUAAUUUCGGUUCAAGAGCAGGGAGUUCUGCUGAUACAAUAAAUCCGACACCUGCUUCACAAGAUCCUGGUAGCAGCCUGGCAAGAAGCAAUCUCCCUGAGCCCUUUAUGCUAGGUCCGUCGUUGUUUACUACUGAUUCAACAAACUUGCUAUCUGCACCCGGAAGCAGAAGUAACCAGCAAAAUCCCGGCUCCAGCUCUACACUUCGAGCUGCUGCAAAUGUAGGACCCCAACAGGUUCCUGGGUUGAAUUCAUCUCAGCCAAGUUCAGCCGCAAGAGGUUCAGCUGAUGUACCCAGGAGAGCCUCACUUGCUGCUAGUGUUUCUCAUUCCAGAAGUCCAAGUAUUGCAUUGCAGCACCGUGGGCAUUCAUCUUCAUCACACGAGAUUCGGAACCAUCAACCAGGAUCAAGCGCUCGUGCAAGUCUGCAACACUACUCCAGGGCAGUUCCUCCCUCUAUUGAUAGGCAAAACCCAGGUUACUUGGACCUUCAGUCUUUUAUGCAGAGCAUCGCUGCUUCAAGAGAAGGAAGCAGGACGGUCUCAGAGCUUCGUAAUGUGGUUGAACAAAUUCGUCAGGGGAGAAGUGCUGCUAGACUGGAGGAUUUUCUUGUUGAUCGUCAACUUAUCAGGAGAGCCAGUUUGGUUGAUAGGCAUCGUGAAAUGCGGCUUGAUGUGGAUAACAUGUCAUAUGAGGAACUGUUGGCACUUGGUGAACGUAUUGGGCAUGUAAGUACUGGACUCAGUGAGGAGAAAAUAAUGAGUGGCUUGAAGCAGUGGAAGUAUCUCCACAUACCAUUGGAGGAACCUGCAACAGUUAUUGAACCAUGCUGUAUUUGCCAGGAAGACUAUGCCGACGGUGAGGACAUGGGCAGGGUGGAGUGCGGGCACUACUUCCACACGGCGUGCAUCAAGCAGUGGCUGGUGAUCAAGAACACUUGCCCCAUCUGUAAAAAGGCAGCGCUGGGCACCUAAACAACCGCCCGCAAGGCCGCUAGCGGCGCUCCUGUGGAAAUCCGCAGGGAUGCCCCCCUCCCCUGUUCCCCCCUUUACUAGACCAAGUGGGUUAUAAGCGGCAAAGCAAGCAUGCAACACCUCUUUUCCUUCUCCCAAGAAGCAACGUCGUCAAGGGCACGACGGGCAGGUGGAAAUUAUACCUAUAGGCGGCGGGGUACCACAUGGCACCCCUCUUACUGAAUGGAAAAGCCGACAUUGGCUGUAGUAGACCUGGAUGGAGUUGGUUUCUGCUUCUGUUCAAACCUAGAUUUGAUGAUAUUCAAAAUUUAUUGAAAUGACAUUGUUACAUUUUAA